AUGACGAGUGUGAUUGACGAGACCCAUUGCCGGAGAACCGUCGAGGAGUUAUGGACUGCGGUGAAGGACUAUCAACGAGAGUCGCAGGAACUAGCCAGGAACCUAGUGACGAUGGCGAUCGAAGAAUCUAACCUGCCGACGAUGGCGCAGUUAGGACUCGACGUUCCAGACGGAAAGCGGAAACUGUCAAGACGACGCGAAAAGACGAAAACAGAACCCAAGAAAAGUAGCUCCAACUGUGAGUGCCCAGUGGAUGAAGAGUACCAGAUACCCUUUGCGUGCACCGACAGAAACAGCCCACCAACGACUCCACCGCCCGCCUUUUCGAGUAGCCCCCGCGUGGCAAAGAAUUCAGAAUACAUUGUCCUCGACGAAUACCGCUGCACAGACAAGAUCGACGGGGCGGAGAAAAGCAAACACCAAAAAGUACAAAAGGAAAACUCGCGAACGAAGAUCACUAGCUUCGAACAGAUGUCAAAUAUGAGCUGCAACGUAGAAAAUGGACGGCCGCUGUUGACCUAUCGCGACGGCAGCACUGGAUGCGACAUCAAACGCUUUGAAAAGGAACUCGCGUACGAGAAACGCCGCUUCGAGAGCCACUGGAAGCGAGUUAUACAGAAAGGCGAGCAGAAGAUCUCCAUGUUGGAGGCGGAACGACGGAGAAUGGAGAAGGAAGCGCGUGAACGAUCGCAGAGCAAAUAUAGCGAAUGCUCGGACGAUUCGACGAACACUGAUCCAAAUGCGAGUGAAGUCUCGCUGACCGACACUCUCAGUGGGUCCGCUCACUCGUCCUUAUGGUCGGAGGACACCGAUUUCGAUGAUUUCGACGUCUGCCGAAUCUGCGCCGAAGAAUGCAUAAGCGUUGAAUUCGCAACGCUUGGAAUUUGCAAAAUCUGCUUCCAGAUUACUUUUCCGAACGUCAAGUGGUAA